AUGGAAAUCAAGGUAGCUGAAACUGCAACCGGGCCAAGUCAAGAAAUCUCUGAACAAGAUGUGCCAUUGCUGGAAAAUAAAGGUCUGCCUGAAAUUGAACGAACCCUCAUCCAGCAAGCUAUUAGCCAGACAUUUGAGAGCACCGCAAACCUGGCCAAUCUUCUUCCGACAGGAUCGGUGCUUGCUUUUCAGCUUCUGGCCCCAAUAUUCUCAAACCAGGGAGAGUGUGAUGCCGUUAGUCGAAUGCUCACGGCUGGGCUUGUGGCUCUCUGUGGCCUGUCUUGUUUCUUGUUCAGCUUCACAGACAGCUUCAAGGACCAGAAGGGGAAUAUUUGUUAUGGGUUUGCCACCUUUCGUGGCAUGUGGUUCAUUGAUGGAUCAGCAACCAUACCACCAGAGCUUGCAGCCAAGUACAAGCUGAAAUUUAUUGAUUUUGCACAUGCAUUCAUGUCAAUAUUGGUUUUCGCAGCCAUUGCAUUGUUUGAUCAAAAUGUAGUGCACUGUUUCUACCCAGAACCCUCACCUGGAACAAAGGAGGUCCUCACUGCACUGCCCGUCGGGAUCGGAGUUGCCUGCAGUAUGUUGUUUGUUGUUUUUCCUACUAAACGACAUGGUAUUGGCUUUCCACUCACUGGCAAUUAAAUCUGCAAACAUUUCAAAUUGAUGAGGAUGUAUGCUUGGCCUUGUUCAUCACCAGGGCAUCACUGCUUGUUGUUCUUUAAUGUGAAUAACACAAAGUGAAGCCAAAAACCUCUGUAUAUUAUAAUCA